ACGUCGACGCGGGGGUUUUCUCUGGAGUCCCGCUAACGCCGCCGCGCCUCUGCUCCUGAGCCUGUGUUCGGGCUGUCCCAGGGCGGCUGGCCGACGCGGUUCGGAGCCGGACCCUGGGAUCGGUCCCGGUCACCGCCCUUCCGGCCUGUCCUCCUGGCCGGUCUACCCUAGGGGAGCCUGGCGACGUGGGGUCCCUGAGCCGGGCCGGGGAGCUCGGGGCCCUUCCCCGCCCCGUGGCUCGGAUGGGAGGUGGCGGGAGGAGAGACCUGGGAUGUUCAGUCUGAUGGCAAACUGCUGCAACUUGUUCAAGCGGUGGCGAGAGCCUGUCAGAAAGGUGACCCUUGUGAUGGUGGGCCUUGAUAACGCGGGGAAAACAGCCACAGCAAAGGGGAUCCAAGGAGAGCAUCCUGAAGACGUAGCUCCCACUGUUGGCUUUUCUAAAAUUGACCUUAGACAAGGAAAGUUUGAAGUUACCAUCUUUGACUUGGGAGGUGGCAAGAGAAUUCGGGGAAUUUGGAAGAAUUAUUAUGCUGAGUCCUAUGGGGUAAUAUUUGUUGUGGAUUCCAGUGAUGAAGAGAGAAUGGAAGAAACAAAAGAGACAAUGUCAGAAGUGCUAAGACAUCCCAGGAUAUCAGGAAAGCCUAUACUGGUGUUGGCAAAUAAACAAGACAAGGAGGGGGCCUUAGGAGAAGCCGAUGUGAUUGAGUGUCUCUCCCUGGAAAAGCUGGUCAAUGAGCACAAGUGCUUGUGCCAGAUAGAACCUUGUUCGGCAGUCUUGGGAUAUGGAAAGAAAAUUGACAAGUCCAUUAAAAAGGGGCUUUAUUGGCUCCUGCAUAUCAUUGCGAAAGACUUUGAUGCCUUAAGUGAACGCAUCCAAAAAGACACAACUGAGCAGCGAGCUCUGGAGGAACAAGAGAAACGAGAGAGGGCUGAGCGAGUUCGAAAAUUACGGGAAGAAAGAGAACGAGAGCAAACUGAACUUGAUGGGACCAGUGGUCCGGCUGAGAUGGACUCAGGACCAGUUCUUGCUAAUCCUUUCCAGCCCAUAGCAGCUGUAAUCAUUGAGAAUGAAAAAAAGCAAGAGAGAGAGAAAAAGAAGCAGACUGUGGAGAAAGAGAGUGAUGUUUGCCUCCCAGAACAUCAAGUGGAACAGGAGCAAGUAGAGUCCCAGAGCCAGCCUAGUGGCUGCCCCCAAAACGACGACAGUCGAGUGGUAGAGAGUUACAAGGAGGCCCUGUCACAGCAGCUGGACAAUGAAGACGAGCUAGAGCAGCGCUCCUCAGAAUCAGAUAAUAGUAAAAAGAAAACUAAGAAACUAAGAAUGAAAAGGAGUCAUCGGGUAGAACCAGUCAAUACAGAUGAAUCUGCUCCUAAGAGUCCCACCCCACCCCCGCCUCCCCCUCCUGUUGGCUGGGGAACCCCCAAAGUCACUAGACUUCCAAAACUUGAGCCUCUUGGUGAAACACGUCAUAAUGAUUUCUAUGGGAAGCCACUGCCUCCCCUGGCUGUGCGGCAGAGACCUAACGGUGAUGCUCCGGACAUGAUCUCAUAACCAAGUCAGACGGGUUGGUCUUUUAAUAGCAGACCUUUCUCGAAAGCAGGAAAGCCCUAACACCAAUGACUGGGGCAAGACAACUAUAAUACCAGGGAGGAAAGAAUACCCAAGAACUUUUGACCUGAACAUUUACUUCUCCACAUUCUGUGGGUAAAGCAGAGAGGAAACAGAACAACCAGUAGCUGACAAGAGCGUUUGGCCAAGUGAGCAAGAUGUAGUGUUGAUUCUUUGGUUUACACGUGCCUACUCUUGGACAUUCUCCCAAAGGAAAACCUCCUCAGAAAUGGAGCCAAUGGACUCUACAUACCUGAUUUUUUAAUAGUCUGUAUUUCUAUGCAUUAAACAUGUUUUAUAAAGUACAUAUACAUGAAAAGGGUAUUCCUGGGCAUUUAUAACUAAAUUUUAACUAUUUUUAUAUUUUUUUCUAAGCUUUUGUUUGAGUUUGCUAUUGUAUUGAUUGUGCACUUUUCUACAUGUGCUUACUUCAGUCUGUCUGGAUAGAACAUUGGUUUACUUGACAGACAGGAAGCGUACAAGCAGGAUUUGUUUAAAUGGCUUGAGGUAUGUUUUGUGAUAACAUUGUUUUUAAAAUGUACACCCUAUUUUGAUGUAAUUCUAAAAUAGUUGCUAUUUUAAAAAGCAACUUCUCAGAUCCUUAUUCUACCCAGUUACAUGAUUUGGAAGUGGUGCCUGAGGAGAGAACUCGGUUCCUUUGUCACCGACUGCUUUCAUUGGCGAUGCUCUCAGUAAAUGUUAAGGCAUGUGAAAUACCUUCUAAAAACAUCUUAAAAUGUCUAAGUUAGUAAGAAUGUGCCCUGUGAGACAUUACUCAAAGCCCUAAAUGACCCCACUCAAGGACUGGACACUUGGAGAGUCAGGUGCCCCUGCCAUGCCUUCCAUCUGUUAGGAGCUCCACUGGCUGUUCUGGCUGUUCUCAUUCUCCAUGCUGUGAACUUAAAGGUAAGAAGACUGUACGGACUCCUGCAGGUCUGGAGAGUUCAGUUUUGCAGCAAACAACAUUCAAAUGAAAAUGUUGGCUCCAAACAAACCCUUUUAUAAAGAGCUGAUUAUGAUUACAACCUGACAUUGGAAUUUGAAGUGAUAGCACUGGUUUUGCUCUUGAGUGCCAUCCAUGAGGCUCUCUGUUCAUCUGUCCCUUACCAAAGCUUCUAGAGAUAUAUUUAGUAAUGGAUUCAUAUUGUAGUGUCCAAGUGAAAGCAUGCCGCUAAGUCAAGGUGAAGAUAACAAGGGAAAAUUCUCCGAUCACCUCGUUAAGAUUGGUACCUUAUACCCACAAUAGACAUAUACUAGUUUCUGAAUGUAAGUCUAUCUAAGGUGGGUUGAUAUGAUUUUCCUUUAAAUGUUUAUAAUGCAUUGUUCCCAUUUUAGCUCACCGGACCUGGAUCAGUUAGGUCACAUUAUUCUAGUCAGCAUUGGUAGAGUUUCUGCGAGUUUGUGCAUGGUACCUACCUUGCACACUGAGGAAAAAGCAUUUUAAUAUCUAUGCAAAACCCAUAUGCAGAAUUGGUAGGUGGCAGACUCACAAGAACACAGGAUGCAAAUUCUGAACUGGAUUUUAGAGGAAAAUGUGCUCAUCUUUCUGGUUCACUUUGUAAUAUUUAAAUUCCCUUUUAAAACUAAACUCACACUUUUGCUAUCUCUUAACAUUAAUCUGGUUUAAGAAUAAAGAUUUUUAAAAAAAAAUUCUUGCUUCCUACCAGUGUUUACUGUUGAGUACAGUAAUUACCGACUAUUUCAUAAAAACAAUUUUGAAAUUGAAUGUAACAUAAACUGGAAUUGAUGUUUUCUAUAAUACUAUAUGUUUUCUUAAAGCCAUGUAAAAACCCUUUAAAAAAUGUUUUCUAAAUCCUAUCAGAUUUUAACACUUCUAUGCUUAUUUUGUUAUACAUUUUCAUUCUUACUCAUCAUGACUUAUAAUUUAUCACAAUAA